AGGUCGUGGGUGCCAACCAGCCCCCACGUUCCCACCCGAUUAGAAAAUCCCCUCCCUGCUUUCCAACGCCACCCACCGCCGCCCGCCGCCGUCAACGACGCCAAACGCGCCUUGCUUCCUACUCCAAGAUCCCACGCUACAUAUAAAGAGCACCCCUCUGCUAGUUGGCAGCCAGGCUAGCUCUCUCCUUCGUCCUCGCAAGCAUCGCACCAGAUCCACCGGUAGGAGCUAGCGAGCAAGGGAGAUCCACCUAACCCACCAAUGGCGGCCGCUGCUUCCUCCAGCGCGUGGAAGGCGAGGUGGCUCCGCCCCGAGGCGUACCCGAUCUUCGCGGCGACGGGCGUGGCCGUGGGGAUCUGCGUCAUGCAGCUGGUGCGCAACAUCACCACCAACCCCGAGGUCCGGGUGACCAAGGAGAACCGGGCGGCCGGGGUGCUGGACAACCACGACGAGGGCCGCCGCUACGCGCGCCACCCCUUCAGGAGGUUCAUCGACGGCAAGUCCGCCGAGAUCAUGCCCGGCAUCAACAGCUUCUUCACCGACCCACCAAAGAACUAGACCUGGUCGCCGUCGCCGGAGACCUCUUGUCCAAGCCAAGAGGAAGGAAGGAAUUCCUCCGCGAGAUUUUUUUCCCUUCUGAAGGAAUACAGGAAUACUGUUGUUGUUUUUCCUCGAAUUCAAGUAUAUUAUUCGCCAUGACUAAUUGUCUGGCUGUACACCAUUGAUUGUUGUGAUCAUACACACAAAACUCGGCCUGAAUAAUCCCUAUAUGUCUUGAGGAACUA